CGCGCCGAGCCGCACACAGCCAUCCAUCCCUCCCUCUUCCUCUCUCCCUCGUUCUUCUCUCUAGGCCCCCAUCGCCGCCGCCGGCUGGGGGACACCGACCGCCACCAUGAGUUCCUUCAGCUACGAGCCGUACUACUCGACCUCCUACAAACGGCGCUACGUGGAGACGCCCCGGGUGCACAUCUCCAGCGUGCGCAGCGGCUACAGCACCGCGCGCUCCGCUUACUCCAGCUACUCGGCGCCCGUCUCCUCCUCGCUGUCCGUGCGCCGCAGCUACUCCUCCAGCUCCGGCUCCUUGAUGCCCAGUCUCGAGAACCUCGACCUGAGCCAGGUCGCCGCCAUCAGCAACGACCUCAAGUCCAUCCGCACCCAGGAGAAGGCGCAGCUGCAGGACCUCAACGACCGAUUCGCUAGCUUCAUCGAGCGCGUGCACGAGCUGGAGCAGCAGAACAAGGUCCUGGAAGCUGAGCUGCUGGUGCUGCGCCAGAAGCACUCCGAGCCGUCCCGCUUCCGGGCGCUGUACGAGCAGGAGAUCCGCGACCUGCGCCUGGCGGCGGAAGACGCCACCAACGAGAAGCAGGCGCUGCAGGGCGAGCGCGAGGGGCUGGAGGAGACUCUGCGCAACCUGCAGGCGCGCUACGAGGAGGAGGUGCUGAGCCGCGAGGACGCCGAGGGCCGGCUGAUGGAGGCGCGCAAAGGGGCCGACGAGGCGGCUCUCGCCCGCUCCGAGCUCGAGAAGCGCAUCGACAGCCUGAUGGACGAAAUCACCUUUCUGAAGAAGGUGCACGAAGAGGAGAUCGCCGAGCUGCAGGCGCAGAUCCAGUACGCCCAGAUCUCCGUGGAGAUGGACGUGUCCACCAAGCCCGACCUCUCCGCCGCGCUCAAGGACAUCCGCGCCCAGUAUGAGAAGCUGGCCGCCAAGAACAUGCAGAACGCCGAAGAGUGGUUCAAGAGCCGCUUCACCGUGCUGACCGAGAGCGCCGCCAAGAACACCGAUGCGGUGCGCGCCGCCAAGGACGAGGUGUCCGAGAGCCGCCGCCUGCUCAAGGCCAAGACCCUGGAGAUCGAAGCGUGCCGGGGCAUGAACGAAGCGCUGGAGAAGCAGCUGCAGGAGCUGGAGGACAAGCAGAACGCCGACAUUAGUGCUAUGCAGGACACGAUCAACAAAUUAGAAAAUGAACUGAGAACCACGAAGAGUGAAAUGGCAAGAUACCUGAAGGAGUACCAAGACCUUCUGAAUGUGAAGAUGGCUUUGGACAUUGAGAUUGCAGCUUACAGGAAACUCUUGGAAGGCGAGGAGACCCGGCUCAGUUUCACCAGCGUGGGAAGCAUAACCAGCGGCUACUCCCAGAGCACCCAGGUCUUUGGCCGAUCUGCCUAUGGCGGUUUACAGACCAGCUCCUACUUGAUGUCUGCCCGCUCCUUCCCGUCCUAUUACACCAGCCACGUCCAGGAGGAGCAGAUCGAGGUGGAGGAGACCAUUGAGGCUGCAAAAGCUGAGGAAGCCAAGGAGGAACCUGCCUCCGAAGGAGAAGCUGAGGAGGAGGAGAAGGAGAAGGAAGAGGCUGAGGCCGAAGCGGAGGCUGAGGCUGAGGCUGAGGCCGAGGAAGAGGAGGGCGCCCAAGAGGAAGAAGCUGCCAAGGAAGAAUCUGAGGAGGCAAAGGAGGAAGAAGAGGGAGGUGAAGGCAAGGAGGGAGAAGAAACCAAAGAAGCUGAGGAGGAGGAGAAGAAAGAUGAAGGUGCUGGCGAGGAACAAGCAACCAAGAAGAAAGAUUGAGCCCCACUCCUUCCCUUAGUUAUUCCAGGAAUCAUUCUCCCAAAAUCAGGUCAACCCCAUCACGAACCAACCAGUUGAGUUCCAGAUACUAUAUGAAUUAAGAAGUCAAUAUACGUCUAAUUCUGAGAUGACUUAGGUUGGACAUUAAACGUGCUAUGACUUUUCCUUCCGCAGAGUAUCUGUUUGCUUGCCGAGUGGCUUUCUGGCUUGCUGUCAGCCUGUGCAUGGUCCACGCUUAUGAGUUCAGGAUCUAUGGCAAUGUGAAUAAUUCAGAUGUUUACAAUACAGUAAAAAACCCACAAGUAAAUGAAUUCACUAAUGUUAAUGUUAAACUUUGUGGAAAAAAUAGUCCUUUGAACCUUUGGUGGUUAGAAAUUAAAGACCUCGAAUUAUGUGCAAUAAAUAGUAAAUAAAGUUACACUGAAUGACA